AUGUCGUGCCCUGUCCACAGCGAAGCCAAUGGUACCGUCCUAGUGCAGGAGGCAAAAACUUCCAGUCCUACAAAAUUAAUUCCUAUACCUCAACCACCAGAUCAUUACUUCGGACUGUUGGGCAAUCUACCUGAUAUCGACCCAGAAUUCCCCAUGAGAUCGCUCUGGCAUCUCGCCGACCUGUAUGGACCGAUCGUGAAACUUAAAAUUGGGCAACCCGUUGUCCUGCUCUCGAAUCAGGAAUUCAUCAACGAGAUGUGCGAUCAAGAUCGCUUUGAGAAGAAGCCCAACGUAGUUCUGAUGGAGGUCCGAGCUCUGCUUGGGGAUGGACUGUUCACUGCAAAACCUGGAGAGGCGAAUUGGGGCAAGGCACAUCGCCUAUUGAUCCCUUUAUUCGGACCUCUUGGUAUCAAAAACAUGUUUGACGACAUGAUGGAUAUUUCCUCGCAGAUGAUUUUGAAAUGGGAUAGGCAAGGGCCAGAUCAUGCUAUUGACUGCAGCGAUAAUUUUACCCGUCUUGCGUUUGACACGAUCGGGUUAUGUUCUUUCAGCUAUCGCUUCAACGAAUUCUAUCUCGAGCAAGCCCAUCCGUUUGCUCAGCAGAUGGCCGAUGUCCUGAUCGAAUCGGGUAAACGGGCGAGCCGUCCCGGGUUUUUGAACCAAUGGUAUUAUACGGACGAACGAAGGCGACAGGAGAAUGUCCAAAAAAUGCACGAAUUGACAGACGAGAUUAUCGCUGAAAGAAAACGCAACCCCCAGCCGGAUUCGAAAGAUCUGCUGAAUACCAUGUUGAACUCAGUGGAUAGAGAGACAGGAGAGAAGCUAUCAGACGAAAAUAUUCGCUUCAACAUGUGUACCUUUCUGGUCGCGGGUCACGAAACCACAAGUGCAACUUUGUCCUUCUGCUAUUACCAACUUGCGAAACACCCGGAUAAAUUACACAAAGCUUACCGAGAAGUGGACGAGGUACUUGGCAACAACAUCUUGGAGUACAGUCACAUAACUAAGCUCAAGUACAUUGAUGCAUGCCUCAAAGAAACACUCCGUUUGAGCAAUCCCAUUGGCGCGUUCAAUGUGAGCCCCAAGGAAGACACAAUCAUUGGUGGGAAAUACUUCGUGACCAAGGACACCGUGUUGCAGGCCAAUCUGAAAGGUCUUCACACCGAUACCAAAGUAUGGGGAGAGGAUGUUGAUGAAUUCAGACCUGAACGGAUGCUGGAUGGCUGUUUUCAAGCACUUCCCCCAAACUCCUGGAAACCUUUCGGUAACGGGAUGAGAGCCUGCAUUGGCCGCGCUUUCGCAGAGCAAGAGAUGAUUAUGAAUGUUGCUCUUGUGCUUCAACGCUUCCAGAUUGAGCUUGCAGACCCAGCCUACGAAUUGCAGCUUAAAUCUACGUUGACAACCAAGCCGCUUGACUUUGAGAUAAAAGUUAGACGCAGACCUGGGAAAGUAUUCACAACAGGAGUACCUCCUGGCAUUCCUUCCGAAGUCGCCCGGAAGUACCAUGAUCCAUCUGCUCAUGUUGGGGAAAAUAGGGACGUUAGUAGUAAACUCUCACCCAUCACAGUUCUUUUUGGGGGGAACAGUGGGACCUGUGAGGGUUUCGCUCAAGAUAUUGAUUCUAAAGCAGCGGGAUACGGCCUCCAAGCAAAUGUACGGAGUCUAGACUCCGCUACUGAGAAUCUCCCAAUAGACCAACCAAUUGUGAUCAUUUCAGCCUCGUACGAGGGAAAACCUCCAGACAAUGCCAGGAAGUUUGUUACUUGGCUGGAGCAGUUCAAAGGCGCCGAUAAACUUGAGAAUGUCAAAUAUGCAGUUUUCGGUGUUGGAAAUUCGGACUGGGCAAGCACUUUUCAUCGAAUUCCGAAAUUCCUCGAUGAAAAUAUCGCAUCUCGUGGGGCCACUCGCUUUCUGGAAGCUGGAUACACGGACGUCAAGACUGAUCUCGUUGGUCCUUGGGAAGACUGGUCGGAAAGGCUCUGGGAAACACUCGGAGCACAUUCCGGUACGACAAGAGUGGCCGGUGAGAGCACAAUCUCGGUUUCUGUGCAGAGUGAUCAGAUCACUCAGAUACUUGGCGGCGAGGAAAUGACGUUAGGAACUGUGGUUGCUAACAAUGAGCUGGUGGGAACAGAAGUGGGACCUGCAAAGAAACAUAUGGAGGUCAGACUUCCAAAAGGAGACGAGUACACAGCAGGCGACUAUCUCGUUGUUUUGCCUCGCAACCCAGAGCAAACUGUAAGGCGAAUCCUCAACCACUUCGGACUUUCAGACACAGAUGUCAUGUCCAUCACUGGAUCAAGAAAGAAGUUCCUGCCCAAGACUCCAACGACGAUUGGCCAUUUCCUCUCAACAGUGGUCGAGCUCAGCACUCCCAUCACGAAGCGCCAAGCCGAGGCACUCAUGGCAUAUGCAAGUGCGGAAAGGCAAUCUGCCAUUGCAGAGCUGAAGGAGGACGCAGUUUACCAGACGUAUCUCCAAGAGAGAUACAGUAUCAUCGAUGUCAUUGAAAAGUUUCAACUCAAUGUACCUUUCAGUACUUACAUCGACAUGCUGCAACCAUUGACACCGAGGAAGUUUUCGAUCUCAUCUUCCCCAAUAUGUUCUUCAAACCGAAGCUCAACUACCGGUAAAGACCAUGCCUACAUCGCCUCCAUCACCUAUGAUGUAUUUGAGGCACCUGCUUGGUCUGGCCGCAACACCUUCUGCGGCGUGGCAUCCACAUUUCUUGCAUCACGUCGCUCGGGCGACAAGAUUCCCUGCUCCGUUCGACCCACCAAAGUAGGCUUCCGCUUACCUACCAGUCUUGAGACACCCAUCAUCAUGAUUGCAGUUGGAACGGGCCUUGCACCCAUGCGAGCCUUCAUCCAAGAACGCGCUGCUAUCAUUGAGGUCGGUGUGCGAAAGCUGGGCCGCGCGAUCCUCUUCUUUGGCUGUCGCCAUGAAGAUAAAGACUACAUCUACAAAGACGAGCUGCGCGAGUGGGAAACGAAAGGCGUCGUGGAGGUUAAGACGGCAUUCAGCAGGAUGGGAGACCCACCGAAGCAUGUGCAAGAUCUUGUUUGGGAGAACAGGAACAAAAUUGCCGAUUUGUUUCAAGCUGGAGCCAAAAUCUUCCUCUGUGGAAGUGCAGCAAGACUCGGUAGGAGCGCAGCGGAGGUUUGCAAGAAGAUUCAUCGCGAAAGAUCGGGGUGUGGUGAAAAGGAGGCGGAUGAUUGGCUUGAAACGAUGAAGGAGGACCGUUAUUCAGCCUACAUUAUUUUCUUUAGUGGAACAGCCUUGCCCACCUAUCUUCCGCGGCGCAUCACCACAGCCAUGGAUGUCACCGAUCUCCUCAACCUAGUCGCACGAAAGACCAAGACGAAAUACCCGAAGAAGAAGUCCAAGGUCAAGCCAGGAAUCAUCGCCGCAAUAGUCGUUAUCGUGAUCGUUGUAAUCAUUAUCGCAUGCAUCGUUGCGUUCUUCGUCAUACGCAACAAAAAGAAGAAGAAGGCUGGGUUUGGAGGUGGGAAGAUAGAGGGUGGACCAGGACACCAUGUGGAGCAAGGAACACCAAUGGUCGCCCCUCCGGGAGGCAAUAACAGUUAUCAACCCCUCCAGCAUCAACCGGAGCACCUGCCACCACAGGGGUAUCCGCAACAGAGCUACCCCAUGGCUGGAGCACAAGGCUAUGGUGAAGGAGGCUAUCCUCCAGGACAACAGGCUACGGGGCAUACGGGCGCAGCAAAUGAUUACUAUCGGCAGCAGUGA